AUUGAGUCUUUCUCUACCAUAAUUAACUACACUACUCAUCAGUAUCAAUCAAUGGCUUUCAAAACUGCUCUUAUCCUCCUUCUCCAAGUCUCCCUUCUUGCAGCAGGGGUAAUUUCGGAAGAUGUGGUAUUUGUCUUCCAGAACCAAUGCCCGUAUCCCAUCUGGCUAUCUUCAGGCGUAGCAACCGGAUACACGAAUCUGAAGAUGAAGUCGGACACUUCCAAGACGUACACUAUGCCAUACACGUGGAGUGGCAGCAUCUGGGCCCGCACCAAUUGUUCCUACGACAAAACACUUAAUUUCUCCUGCGAAACCGGCGAUUGUAGGUCAGGCUCUAUAAUCUGCGACUCUCUACCGGCUAUCCCAGUCACCCUCCUCAACUUCGCCAUUAACCAAUCUGUCGUCCACUACGAGCUCAGCCUUAAACACGGCUUCAACGUUGCGGCCAAGAUCCAGCCCGACGGUGGCUACCUCGUCGAUGGCGGUUUCGGCGACUGCCCUGCCGUCGGCUGCGUUGCGGACUUGAACCACGUUUGCCCUCCAGUGCUCUCUUUCAGUAACAAAAACGGCGCGAAUGUCGGCUGCUACAGCCCGUGCGACAAGUUUGGGCCGCCGAAAUAUUGCUGCAAUGUUCCUGGUUGCCACCCGGAUCCGUACUCGAUUAUGUUCAAGCAUUUGUGCCCGUCGGCCCAUGUAUAUCCCGGCGACGAUCGACCGCCGAUAUACGGAUGCACUGGUUUUAAAGCUAUAAAUGUAAUUUUCUGUCCAAUCGUUUGAAUAAUCUUCCGUUGGGGGAAGUUAAUAA